GCCCGGCGGCGAAUGAAUUUCCUGGACCAGGCAACAAAGCGUACUUCACGAAAGAAUACAUGGAUAUUCUAGAAGACAUCAAGAUGAACAAAGUCGUUGAGGAGGCGAAGAAGCGGCUAUCUGGGAAUCGUAGAACCAGUGUACGCAUUGCCGACUCGCUAGAUGUUGGAAGUCGAUCGGACGUGCGCUCCGCCGAAGAAUCGAAGUUUGCUGACAAGACCGACGAGAUGAAAGCUUGGGUCACGAUGACAUUUGGGAGCUCUCUCAAACUCAUUACAGAGAAGCUUCAAGAGGUAGAUCAGAAGGUGAAAGUGUCCGCUGCUGAAAAAGCCGAAUUGGCGAAGCUGCGAGAGGAGAAAGCCGCCCUGGAGAAAGAUACCGCUGAAAAGGAAAUAGUGGAGAAUGGGGGGCGGGAGUUGUCGAGUAGCGAGAAGCGAAAACGGGCGGUUGAACGUACGCCGAUUGGUAACUCACCUCGAAUCAACCGAGUCAGAUCGCGGGGUAGUAAGACCAAGCCACGAACGAAGCGCAUAGAUGUAUCGUCAGAUGACGAAAGUGACAAGGCAGGCAAGGUGAAGCAAAACCUCCAGCCGAAGAUGGAGAUAAGCAGCGAGCUGGCCGACAUCAAGACCAUGCUGACUGCGCUGUUGAAUGGCCUAGCGGAUGCCAAAGGAAAGACCCCCAUCAUUGAGCAUGCACCAACUUCGGCACCAGGGGACAAGGUACCGAGUGAGGAUGAAGAUGAGGAUCUCGUCCAGAACGCAACCAACAAAGAGGACGAGGAAGACAGCGAUGAAGGGGGCCUCGCUGCAUACAUGAAGAUGAGGCAGGAAUUUUGUAGCUCCCUGCACUACACGCGUGUCCAGGAGCUGUGCAAGCAUAAAGGCAUCCCCUACUUCAAGAAGGAUCUUGGAGCAUGGGAACUGGCGAAGAUUGACCUCCAAGAAUGCACGGACAUGCUGAAAGGCGAAAGGCCUGAUAAUGCUUCGGAACCGUCGUCACGUAAGACUAAAGCACGAUCGGCUGGAGGCACCGAGAAGCCGUCUAUGUCAGACAAUCCCGUUAAGGGAAACUGAUCGGAGGGAGUAUUCGAUCGAAGCGACGAGCAUGUAAUCGUAUUGCUUGUUUAAAGUCGAUCGUUGAUAAUUCACUUGCUCAC